AGGGUGGAGGCGGAUGUGGAUGGCGCGCGCUGAUGUCUGCGUAUGCGCUUACUCUUAUAUAAGAGGGACAGCAAAGGUUGAGACAAGGAUGUCCGCUUGUCCGCCAGCCCUGCCCAGCCAGUUAACGCCCGAACUAGAUUCCUAGUUAUAUAUCACCCUAGCCUUGCCCCGUUCAUAAGCUGGAAGGAUAGCAAAAAAAAUCGCUGCAACCGCAGGCCGUCACGAUGAAUAACCUGCCUGAGAACAGCGAUGUCAGUGCCAGCUCCAGGCUUCUCGACAGCCAGCAGCCUGGUGGUGGUGAUGCUCGCAAUCACACCCAUGGCACUUUCACCCCGGCAUCUAUUCAGAGCUACGGGGAGAGCAGCCAGAUUUCAGAAGCAGGAUACCUCCAGGGCAGAGAUGGCAUCUCUUCCGCUCCCAGUGGCGGUAAAUCCGUCACAAAACAGCUAGCGGAGGCCCAUGGCCUAAAAAACCAAAGGGCUAUGUACCUCGCAUACUAUGUGCCAUUCUUCAACUGGAUAACGCAGUACCACUGGUCUUACCUCCGCGGUGACUUCAUCUCGGCCUUGACGGUCUGCUCCGUCUACGUUCCCAUGUGCCUCUCGCUGGCAUCCAAUGUUGCCCAUAUACCCGCCAUCAAUGGCCUAUACUCGUUUAUUUUCCAUCCGUUCAUAUACUCCAUCUUCGGUAGUAGCCCGCUCUUGAUCGUGGGGCCCGAGGCAGCCGGUUCUCUCAUGGUAGGCGCCGUCGUUCGAAGUACAGUCGAGGACGGAAAAGGCAUCGACGACGAUCCUGGUGGUAAUGCUGCGAUUUCUGGAAUUGUCGUGGGCAUGGCUGGUGCCAUGACCCUAAUUGGAGGAAUCACACGCCUGGGAUUUGUUGAUAAUGUCCUCAGCCGUCCAUUCCUCAGGGGCUUUAUCAGUGCUAUCGGCUUCAUGAUCAUGGUUGACCAACUCGUGCCUGAGAUGGGGCUGAGUGACAGAGCCAGAGAGGUCCUGCUUGGUACAUACGGCAGUUCCGCGGAGAAGUUGAUGUUCUUGAUCCAGAAUGUACAUUACAGCCAUGGUCUUACCUGUGCUGUUUCAUUCAGCACCAUUGCCAUCAUCAUGGUCUUCAGGUUAGUUAUUCUUAGUGAUUAUCUAUACAUACAAAUAAUUACUGACUUGUUUGCCAGGAUUCUGAAGAAGCACCUGCAACCGCGGUAUCCGGGAGUGGUCUUUUUUCCGGACCAGUUCAUAGUCGUUGUUCUGUCUGCAAUCUUAACCUGGGCACUGGAGUGGGAUAAAAAGGGGCUUGUUAUACUUGGAAACAUCAAGGGCACCAGCAACUUGUUCAAGUUCGAGUGGCCUUUUCAGACAGACAAGCUAGAGCAUAUACGCAAUGCCAUGAGCACCUCAUUUAUCAUCUCUCUUCUGGGAUUUUUCGAGUCCUCCGUCGCCGCAAAGGGCAUCAGAUCUGCAAGUAAGGGUGGGAUCGAAGACAUGACCUACAGCCCAAAUCGUGAACUCGUCGCGUUGGGUGUCGCCAAUAUGAUUGGUGGGUGCUUUCUGGGUCUUCCCGCAUUUGGUGGAUAUGGUCGAAGCAAGCUGAGUGCCUUGACCGGUGCCAAAACACCCAUGGCCGGAAUAUUCGUUGCCCUGAUUACUUUAGCAUCCGUGAUCUGGCUGCUUCCAUACUUUUAUUAUCUCCCGAUGGCGGUUCUUUCUGCCUUGAUUUCGGUCGUUUCCUUUUCACUCAUAGAAGAAUGCCCUGAAGACAUCCGCUUUUUUAUUAGAAUCCGUGGUUGGUCGGAACUCUUUUUGAUGCUACUCAUCUUCUUCUCUACCUUCUUUUAUUCCCUAUACCUUGGUAUCGCCCUUGGGCUGGGUCUCUCUCUCCUCCAAAUAGUCCGCCACGCCACCAAGCCACGUAUUCAAAUCUUGGGCAAAGUGCACGGAACCAGAGAUCGCUUUGAGAACGCUGAAGUUCAUCCUGAGCGUGUCGAGUACGUUGCCGGCUCGCUAAUCGUGAAAAUCCCCGAACCACUUACCUUUGCCAAUACCGGCGAUCUAAAGAACAGACUACGCCGGCUGGAGUUCUACGGCACGAACGCGGCACACCCUGCUCUGCCUCGUGUUAGACCUCCAGAGCACAACAAGAACAUCAUCUUUGAUAUUCACGGCGUGACGAGCAUCGACGGGUCAGGCGUGCAGGUGCUCAGUGAAAUAGUUGAAGAAUACGUCUCUCAUGGUGUGCGGGUGUUUUUCUGCCGCAUUCCGCUUCCUGGGAGUGAAGUGUUCCAAAUGAUGGAGAAGAGUGGCAUAAUUGAUACGUGUGGUGGCAUAUCCCAUUUCGUAUCUACUGUCGAACACGCCCUCCAGCUGGCGGAGACAGAGUAUAUUAACUACGAGUGA